GAGAGAGAGAGAGAAGCAGAAGGAAGGAAGGAAAGAAGGAAGGAAGGAAGAAAGAAGCAGGGAGGGCAGGGGAUGGGAUGGGGCCCUCCAGGUGCAGACGCCCCCUCCCCACAGCCCCCUCCUCCUCCUCCUCCUCCGGAGACCUGAAGGGGCAGCUCCCGUGGCACCCCGAUGGACCUUGACCUGGACUACGAGCGGCCCAACGUUGAGACCAUCAAGUGCGUGGUGGUGGGCGACAACGCCGUGGGCAAGACCCGCCUCAUCUGCGCCCGGGCCUGCAAUGCCACCCUCUCGCAGUACCAGCUCCUGGCCACCCACGUGCCCACCGUCUGGGCCAUCGACCAAUACCGCGUCUGCCAGGAGGUGCUGGAGCGCUCCCGGGAUGUGGUGGACGAGGUCAGCAUCUCCCUCCGCCUUUGGGACACCUUUGGCGACCACCACAAGGACCGGCGCUUCGCUUAUGGCAGGUCAGACGUGGUGGUGCUCUGCUUCUCCCUGGCCAACCCCAACUCCCUGAAGCACGUGAAGACCAUGUGGUACCCAGAGAUCAAGCACUUCUGCCCUCGCACCCCCAUCGUGCUGGUGGGCUGCCAGUUGGACCUCCGCUACGCCGACCUUGAGGCCGUCAACCGCGCCCGGCGACCCCUGGCCAAGCCCAUCAAGCCUUCCGACAUCUUGCCCCCCGAAUACGGGCACGAGGUGGCCAAGGAGCUGGGCGUCCCCUACUACGAGACCAGCGUGGUGGCCCAGUUCGGCAUCAAGGACGUCUUCGACAACGCCAUCCGGGCCGCCCUCAUCUCCCGGCGCCACCUCCAGUUCUGGAAGUCCCACCUCAAGAAGACCCAGCGGCCCUUGCUACAGGCCCCCUUCCUGCCCCCGAAGCCCCCGCCGCCCAUCAUCCACAUCCCGGAGCCGCUGCCCGGGGAGGGCCGGGGCCCCACCGCCCUCUUCCACCAGCCCAUCUGUGCCGACGUCGCCUUCUUCCUGCAGGGCGGCCACCGGGUCUUCGCCCACCGCGUCUACCUGGCCACCUCCUGCUCCAAGUUCUACGACCUCUUCAUGCUGGACUUGGGGGGUGAGGCGGUUGCGGGGGCCAAGGAGCCCGCCGGCAGGACGAAAAGCCUGGACGCCGCAGACAAAGCGCCCCCGGGGCCCCCGGCGGCCUCUCUCCGGACCUCGCAGAGCGACGACCCGCUGCGCUUGGCCCCGGCCGCCCGGGAGCUGUCUGGCUGGGGGCGGGGCUUCGUGCGCAUGUGCCCGGAGGUGGUGCGGGACCCGGUGACGCUGCAGGAGAGGCCCAUGACGGCGGUCUACCUGGACGGGCUGGUGCCACCGGGCCCCUUCCGGGCGGUGCUGGAGUACCUCUACACGGGACACCUGGAGCAGCACCGGGCCGACCUCAUGCAGGUGGCUGCCAUCGCCGAGCUGCUGGAAGUCUUUGACCUGCGCAUGAUGGUGGCCAACAUGCUCAACAAGGAGAGCUUCAUGAACCGCGAGAUCACCAAGGCCUUCCACGUCCGGCGGGCCAACCGGAUCAAGGAGUGCCUGACCAAGGGCACCUUUGCAGAUGUGGUCUUUGUGGUGGAUGACGGAUUGGUGCCGGCGCACAAGCCGCUGCUCCUCGCAGGAUGUGACUUCAUGGUGGCCAUGUUUGGUGGCACAUUCCGAGAGAGUUGUGCUGCAGAGGUCCCACUUCCGGGCACCAACUGUGCCUGCCUCCGCGCGGUGCUGGAGUUCCUCUACACGGGCCACUUUGUGCCCACUCCGGACCUGGACGCCAUGGAGCUGCUGGUGCUGACCAACCGCCUCUGCCUGACCCGCUUGCAGGCCCUGACUGAGCAGUACGCCGUGGACGAGCUUGUGCAUGCCAGCCUGCAGCAGGUGGAAAUAGAUGCCCAAGUCAUCCUCUACCUGGAGAUGACACAGUUCCAUAAUGCCCGCCAGCUGGCUGCCUGGUGCCUCCACUAUCUCUGCACCAACUACAACAGUGUCUGUCGCCGGUUCCCCCGCGAAAUGAAGUACAUGUCUCCAGAGAACCAGGCCUACUUUGAGCGACACCGCUGGCCCCCCAUCUGGUACCUGAAGGAGGAGGACCGCUACCUGCGCCUGCAAAAGGAGCGCGACUUGGAGGAGGAGGCGCUACGCAAGCAGCACCCGCGCAGCAAGUGGUGCUUCUGGCGCCCGCAUCACGCCAGCCACAUCUCCUGAGCACCCCCUUCCGAUAUUAUUUUGGGGGGUGAGGGGGUUAUGGGAUGCCAGUGUUGCCGUCGGGUUGGUGCCUUUGCUGGCGAGGGCACCGGCUGGCCGGCCGGCCAUGAUUGUUUUUUUUGCUUGGGCGGAGGGGCCCCUGCCUUGUUUACAAUCUCCUUCUCCCAGAAAGACCCCUCCUCCUGGAGCGCCGGCCCACUCCCGUCUCUCUCUCUCUCUAGUUGCUACCUCUGACCUUAGCAGUAUUUUGGUGACUGAGGGAGGGGUGGAGUUGGGAGGGGGGGAUUCGGAUGAGGCGCUUGCUGGGUCCUGCCCGCUCCCCAAAUGGGACUGGAUGGAACUGGAUUUGUGGUUUGGGGGAAAGAGUGGGGAGGGUGGGUUUUUUUUGGGGGGGGGCUUUCGGUAAGUGAGGGGGUGCAUGGGGAUGAUGGGGUAGAGAGUGUCUUUGAAGGCAUCCUGGUGUAGACCAGGCAUGGGCAAACUUUGGCCUGAACCUCCAGGUGUUUUGGUUUAAGCCGAGACGGAAAAGGAAGGUCAGGUGUGUAAGGCAUGAUCUCAUGGCUUCUUGGUUGGGCUAUUUUUACAUUGGACUGCAACUCCCACCAUUCCUAACAGCCUCAGGCCCCUUCCUUUUCCCCCUCAGCCGCUUAAGCGGCUGAGGGGGAAAAGGAAGGGGCCUGAGGCUGUUAGGAAUGGUGGGAGUUGCAGUCCAAAGCACCUGGACGGAAGACCGAAGUCUGCCCAUACCUGGUAUAGACGUGCUUCCCGUUUUGUGCUUGUCUGCUGUGGGAGGGGGGCAUGCGUGCGUGCGUGUGCACAGAGUGGAGCCCCCUCCCCAUUCGCCUGCCUACGUCUGUGCCUUGGACACAACACACGCCUCUUCCCGGCACGGGCCACACCUUGGUGCAUUAAAGGGAAGUGGUGGCCAGGUGUGUGUGCGCGCUUUGGAGAGAGAGAGGGGAGGGGCGUCGAGACCCCCUCUCCCUUGGGAAAUUGCACACACCCAGAUAGAAAGGUAUUCCCCCCCCCCCCCCACCCACUCCCCACUUUUUGCUGAUCCACGCUCCACUUUCCCGGCCCCAAGACCUCAGCCAAGCACAAACCUAACCCGGGGUGGGGGCCCCUUUUGUGGCACUCGCUGUUCUGAAGGGCUUUUGGGUCACGCGUGUCUUUCGCGGGACACGUGCACCCACGUUUCUAACCACUGUGAGCUGGGCCUAGCCUCUCCUUUUCUUACACACUUCAGUAUUGGACUGUUUUAACCUUUAAUAAACGCCUUUUUUGUAUUGUG